UUAAAAAUUUGACGACUUUCAAUAACUUGUUUUUGAGCAAUCACUGGGCCUAUUUAAUCAGAAGAUAAUGCGCUUUUGUUUCGCAGGAAAAGGCGAAAAUCAAGCUUAAACAACAGUGACAAUUUACUGAGUAAAACAUCUUGUAGGCUACAAAAACCUGGCUACAGGAUGGCUAGGCCAAUUUUCUUUCUAUUAGCUUUACUUUUUAUUGCCGCUAUCUGUCUACAAGCAACUGCAAAGCCGAAAGGAAAGCAUGCAAAAAGCUCAAGCGCCAAGCCUGAGAGGAAAGAAAAGGAAAUAAAGCACGAAAACAAACAGGCUAAAGCACGAGAAAAUGUGAAUCGCUGGAAUGUCAAAGAAGCGCAGCCUAACAAAUUCAAGCACGCAGCCGUAGCCGCAGACCAUUACAAUUGUUCAAUAAUUGGAAAAGAUAUUCUAAAGAGGGGUGGAAAUGCCGUUGACUCGAUCAUUGCUGUGCAUCAUUGUGUAGAAGUUUGCAAUUUACACUCCACGGGCCUUGGAGGCGGUGGCUUUAUGAAUGUUUAUAUGAAGGGCAAAACGCCAAAGGAUGAUAUCAAAGCAAUUAUUGACUUCAGAGAGACACUACCACUGGGAUUCAACGAUGAAAAAAACAAGACACAAGGAGAGACAAUCUUGGUUCCUGGUGUCCUAAAAGGCCUUUGGGAGGCUCAUCAGAGAUUUGGGCGACUGCCGUGGAAGGAUCUCUUCCAACCUGCCAUUAAAUUGGCAAGAUAUGGAUUCCGCAUUCACCCGGCUCUUGCAAAAGCAAUUGAAAAGAAGAAUGAUUUCAUCGACUCUAAUCUUGGAUUGAGGGAACUUUUCAAGCCAAAUGGUUUUCUAUUGCGAGAGGGUGAUGUUCUACGUAGGCCAAAACUUGCAAACACAUAUGAAAGAUUGGCUGAACAAGGAGCUGACCUCUUCUACAAAGGUGCAAUUGCUCAGCAAAUUGUCAAAGACAUUCGCGAAGCUGGUGGCACUCUUAGUCUAAAGGAUCUUGCAGAAUACAAGGCAAUUGUUCGAAGGCCAUUGGAAGCAGAAAUUAAAGGACUAACCAUGUUGUCUAACCCACCACCAGGAAGUGGCGCUCUUAUCUCACUGGCUCUGAAAAUCAUGGAAGGGUUCAACUGGAAUGCUGAAGACAUGAACACAAAUGAACGGGCUCCACUCACUUAUCACAGGAUCGUCGAAGCCUUAAAAUUCGCCUAUGCACCAUUUACUUUUUUGACUGACCCAGGCUUCAACAACAACACUGAAAAGGUCGUCAAAUACAUGAUGAGCCCAGAAGUGGCUGAGAAUAUGCGAAAAAGAAUUGAUGAUAAAUCUCAUACCGUUGAUUAUUAUGGGCCAUACAGUGAAAUUAAGUACGAAGACACAAAUGGAACAUCACACAUGUCUGUUGUUGGAACAGAUGGCGAUGCUGCUUCUAUGACAACGUCAAUCAAUGCUUACUUUGGCUCAAAAUUGGUUUCACGUGAACUAGGAUUUAUCUACAACAACGAACUAGCCGAUUUUUCAGAAUUCUGGCCCUCAAUCUACAAUUUAACAAGAGAUGAAAAGAACCCAGGAAAACGACCAAUGUCGAAGUCUUCACCAACAAUUUUCAUCGAUAAGGACCGAAAUGUUCAGGCUGUAUUUGGCGCAGCAGGGGGCUUCUUCAUCCCAUCAUGCCUUUCGAUGACUAUGGCAAAUUGGCUGUUUUUCGGAGACAACUUGAAAGUAGCUGUAAGCAGACCUCGCCUUCAUUGUCAGCUCUUUCCACCAACAAUAGUCUACGAGCCGACUUUCCCAGAUGAGCUUGUUCCGAAGCUAAAAGCUUUUCAUCACGUUUCAGUAACUAACAGCACAUACGACGUAUCAGGACAAAUGCAUGCCAUUAUGGGUGUGGUUCAAGCUAUUGUCCGAGAUUCCGAUGGUAAGCUUGCAGCAGUUUCAGAUUACAGAAAAGGAGGAAAACCAGCUGGUUUCUAAGUAUGUUAUCAAAUACCGUAGUCGUAUACACCAAGAGCUAAAAACAAACUAGAUGAUCUAUCUCCAUUGUCAAAGUGCAAGAAUAAGAGAGAAUUAAAAGCAGAAUAUGACGAUAUCACAUAACCUUUUCUAAGGAAAAUUUGCUGUGGAGGAAAAUCAUUGUUUAUAUAAAGAAGGGUACAAUAGCCUAUUGUUUGAAACAAUGGAAGUUAGUAUGUUAUAAAGGCCCUGAGAAGAUUUUAUAAUAUUUUCCUGGGGAGCAUGUUUUUUUCAAGCGGAAUAGACAACUUUAGCUUCUUUUCAUUAUAAUAAUCUUACAUCUUAGGGCCUCUUGUUUCAGAGAACAUGACCAUCCGUAAUGGUUAGGGCUAGAAAAAAACCUAGGUAGAAAAUUCUAUAUCUCUCCAUCUUUAAAAUGUCUUAGUCUAUACCUUCAAAACAUUUCAGACUUUGCUAAACUAGUAGUAAAGAAGCGUAUCUGCUUUAAGAAAUAAAACUGUACUUUCCAGACACAGUAAGCCUGUUUUUCUUAGACAUGCAAUUUAUUCAUUGUUUUGCAUUCUAGUUUGAUUUUUGCUUCGGUGUAUUUGCCACAUAGGCUUUUUUAGAUAAAAUGUUUGAAUUUAACCUUAAGUCAUUUUUAACUGUUAAGUUAUUUGUAACAAAAUGGUUUAUGAAACUUUUGUGAGUUUUAAAGCAUAAUUAUUGUAUUUUCGAGAAGAUUGAAAUGUUUCAUCCAACAUCGGCGUUUCUUGUAAGCUCUUCGUGGAGUAAAACAUUAAAAAUUUGGUUAUGAUGAUAGUUAGCAAACGAUUUCUUCAAUGAACACUCUACUGGAAUAAGCAUGUUUUUACCAAAUCUUCUGGAAGAGCUGUACGAAACGUUUUCACAGAGUUAUCUUCAUAAUGUAUUUUCAGUUUGAUUCUCAUCUCAAGCUAAUUAGGAUGACAGUAUUAUUCUGAUACAAUAAUACAAUGAGAAGCGACAUUUUUGCAAUUCUGGGUAUUGUAUAAUUGCAGAAAUUUCCUCAGUAUUCGAUAAAAGAUCUUCUUUAAACGUGAAAAGUUGUAAAAGUUAUUGAUUGGAAAUAAUAUAAUGUUUGAAUAUAA